AUGCACCUUCGAUUCAUCGAUACAUUCCGGUUUACACCUGAUAGUUUAGACAAUCUGGUCACCAACCUAGUCAAAUCAGCAUCAAAUCCAGAAGACUUGUCCAAAGUGCUGCCACAUACUGCCAAGGUGUUUGGAAACAAAUUGAGCCUUGUCUCAAGGAAAGGAGUGUUUCCAUACGACUACUGCGAUUCAUGGCAGAGACUCGAAGAAACAUUGCUACCACCCAAAGAGGCAUUUUUCAGCAAGCUGGUUGAUAGGAGUGUUAGCAGUGAUGAUUAUGAACAUGCUCAAACUGUAUGGAACCAAUUCAGUUGUAGAACUCUGGGAGAAUACAGUGACCUAUACUUGAAAACAGAUGUUCUCCUGUUGGCUGAUGUCUUUGAGAGCUUCCGCGAUGUAUGCAUGAAGACUUAUGAUUUGGAUUGUGCUCACUACUUUACAUCUCCAGGCUUUUCCUUUGAUGUCAUGCUGAAAUAUACUAAAGUCGAGCUUGAGCUCCUUACUGACUAUGACAUGUACAUGUUUAUCGAGCGAGGCAUCAGAGGUGGCAUAACAACAUGCGUUCAUCGACAUGCCAUUGCCAACAAUGCCUACACAGGAGCGCCUAUUGACCCCGAGAAGGCUACAUCAUAUCUCCUGUACACAGAUGCGAACAACCUGUACGGCUGGAUUGGCUACAUCUUGGAGGUGGACAUUGGGUACCCUUCUGAAUUGCAUGAUGAGCAUAACGACUUCCCAUUCCUGGCAGAGAACAAAAAAACUCCAAAAUCAGGAUCGUUGAGAUUGAUGACAACUCUAAGCAACCGUGAAAGAUAUGUAUGUCAUUACCGCACCCUAAAACAGGCAGUACAGCAUGGAUUAAAAAUCAUUAAAGUUCAUCGAGGUGUAAGGUUUGAGCAGGAGGACUUCCUAGCACCCUACAUCAUGCUUAAUACAAAGCUACGACAACAGUCAAAGAACAAGUUUGAGAAAAAUUUCUUCAAACUAAUGAACAAUGCCGUUUUUGGCAAGACAAUGGAGAAUGUUCGGAAGCGUAUGAACAUGGAGCUUGUCAACAAUGAGAAACGUCUAAGGAAACUGAUUGCCCGACCAACUUACAAGGACCGCAUCAUCUUUGGUGAGAAUAUCUGCGCUGUAACAUUGCAUAAGGAAAAAGUAGAGCUCAACAAGCCAAUCUAUAUAGGGUUAUCAGUGCUUGACAUCAGCAAGACCCUUAUGUACCAGUUCCACUAUGAUGUGAUGAAACCUAAGUACAAAGAGAACCUGCAACUGCUUUAUCAGGAUACUGACAGCUUAUUCUACAUCGUGAAAACUGAGAACCUAUACAAUGACAUCAUCAACAACCAGCAACUGAAAGACGCCUUUGAUACAUCCGAGUAUCCGACUGACCACCCAUGCUACUCAGAUGGAAACAAAAUGGUGCUUGGCAAGUUUAAAGAUGAAUAUGCUGGCCGAGCGCCACUUGAGUAUGUAGGCCUGCGAUCAAAGCUAUAUGCCUGUAGGUGUUACAAUAGUGAUCCAAAUCAGCUGACAAGUGGAUUGAUAAAGAAAGCUAAAGGAGUGAGGAGACCAAUACUUGGGCGAGAACUCUCAAAAAUGCAUCCAGAUGCUGAACGUUACAUAGGCUUCCAAGACUAUCUAGAUUGUCUAUAUGGUGAUGAGGAUAUCUAUAGAGAACAAGUGAUGUUUGGUACUAGGAAACAUCAGAUCAUGACCCAAGUCAUGAGAAAGAAGGCACUGAGCAAAGCUGAUGAGAAGAGGCUCAGCAAACAAAGGCAAGAAUAUAAGGAAAAGUUGGUCAGCAAACCUCAAAACAAGUUUUAUCCAGGUCCUAGUCAGAGUAUUGAGCCUGGUGAUAAAGUGAGAAUCAGCAAGUAUAAAAAGACGUUUGACAAGGGAUAUCUAGCCAAUUGGACUAAUGAACUGUUCACAGUAAGACGUGUGCGACCUACAGUGCCUGUAACCUAUGAAUUGGAGGACUAUAGAGGUGAACCCAUUGAAGGAGGAUUCUAUUCUGAAGAAAUUGUAAAGACAAAAGUGCCCAGUGUUUUCGAAAUUGAAAAAGUGUUGAGGAAAAGAGGGAAUAAACUGUUGGUACGUUGGAAAGGAUAUAGCUCCAGUCACGACUCAUGGAUUGAUAAGAACGAUCUUGUGUAA